AUGCUUUUAGCAUCGGAAAGUUCAAUGGUGAUGGGAGCCUCAUCAAAGAAUGUACCAUUAGUGUUUCCAGAUCGUUUUGUUGUUAAUUUCGAUGUAACCAACAGAGAUGAUGGAGAACAUCGAUUUGAAGGAACAGCCACUGUCUCUAAGAGGGAUGAUGGCCAUUCCCAUAUUAGACUUUCAUCAAGCACAAUCAUCAAGGAGAUGGUUAGCUUACUAGGUUCUCCUGAAAAGAGGAAACACGUAGAAAAAACAAAGAAAUAUUAUUUUGACUCUACCAAAUUUGCAUUUAGAGAAGUUGUACAUAUAGAAGGUUCUUCUCCUUCCUCUAGAUUAGUUCCUACAUCACCAUUCGAGUUUCACAAGCUUAUAGACACUAUUGAAAAUGAAAAUUAUUUAAUUCCGGAUGACAUGCCAAUAUUUGACAUGGCUGUAAACAAGAUGUGUCCAUCUGUUAGCAAUUUGAGAUUAUUAGUAUUUUUCGAACAUCAACAUUAUGUUUUAUGCUUGCAAAAGUCAUCACUCAAAACCAUGCCAAUCAUUUCACAUAUUAUCAAUAGUAAUUUUAUUGUGAAGAUUAAUAGAUUUAUUCCUGUGACUGACGAAAGCCAAUUAUUAUCCCUAAGCGCUGAAGAAGAGCAAUUCUUCCCAGUCACACCACUUACAUUCUCAAAGGAUGAAAAGGAAAAGCUCUACUUGACCAAAACCAAAACAGAUCCUGAGAAGGCUUACAUUUUCGAUUCCAAAUAUUCUUGCUCUCUGUCUUGGCUUAGAGAUGAUACUGUUUGUGGAUCUUUAAAGAGAGGAGAUGUUACUGCCCGUCCAAAUAGAACCUGUAUCUUUUUACACGGAGUAGGUCAAUGGCCAAACCAAGCUGGUCCACCAGUGAAUGAUUUCCCAGAUUAUUGGGGUAAAGUUUCUUCCUAUACACCACAAUGUACUGAGAGAUGGUUCAUUAGAGAAGAAACCAAAUAUAGAGGUUGGAAUAAUAGUGAACUUCAACACAGCUAUUGCUCAUUGUCUUUGUGGAACAAUACUGGAACUGUUAUUAGAGACAAGAUUAUUUUCACUCACUCUAUGGGUACAUUAAUUUUGGCAGCUGGUAUUCAAAAUGGUAUUUGUUCGAUUGACAAGGAUACUGUAUCAUGGUAUGAUGUAAUGGGUCCUCUUCGUGGAUCUAAGGCUUCAUUGUUUUUGAAGGAAAUUUGUGUGAGAGCAAACACAUGGACAGAUCCUAGUAUUUAUAAAAUUGUAGCUGAUGAAGGAGGAUAUUGCAUUGGAGGAAACAGUACUGAUGUUUAUCCUGCAUAUGGCACACUAGCUCCUGAUUUCCCUGGAAUUCAAGAUUUAGUCAAUUAUACAGCUCCUUAUGUAACUGGACAAAUGUGUGGCGCUUCUGCAUAUGGCCUUAAUUCUAUCUAUGCCGUUCCUCUCUUUUUACUGAGCGAAUUGGUUGGUUAUGGUCAACCAAAUGAUGGUAUGGUUCCAAUUCCAUCUUGUCAAAUCAGUUCCAAUAAUUCUCUUCAACCAAUCUUUAAUCAAUUGUACUAUGAAGUUUCUGCUAACCAUGCCGAUGGCACAUGCAGAGAUGGUGAUGCUUGGUGGGGAAACUCAAAACCAUGCUCUUACUAUACCAAUAAAGUUUAA